AUGGCUGACGGCUCGUCAUCGUCGGGACCGGGAGGUUUCUUCCCGUCGCAGACUCUCCCCUCACCAGCACCUAGCACCUCCUCCGCCCGCUCCAAUGCGGCCCUCCCUCAUCCUCGCGCCAAGUCGCUAAGACCUGGGUCAAGCAAGGAAGAUACCGUGCGUCGCGAUGAAUCUGGUGAUGAUAUCAUCGGCUACAAGAGCUUUGCCGAACUGUGCAAGGACCUGCAUAGCGUUAUCGACGUUCUCUGGCUCUCUGCAACUCCAAGUCUGCAAAUUCCUUUUCUUCUCAAAAUCGCCAGCGACUUCACUCAAUGGAUCGACGCUUUCCCGCCUUCACCCAAGGCUACGUUUUCCGUGCUCACGAAAUUGGAUCACUGCUUUGCAAGUCUUUUGAGUGGCCGGGAUAUUGACACCAAAGAGCCCUUGCCCGGUUUUGAGAAUGGUAUGAGGGCAGGCAUGACGACCACAGACAUGGUGCGGUGUCGAAGUUCUGUCGAGCAGACCAGAUUGGUCAUUGUCGAAGUUCUCAGUAAGGAACCAGAGGAGGAUGACGACGAGGUCGAAGAAAUGGACACGGAGACCGAAGAGGAGGUAUUUGGCUCCGCUUGGGAUGAAGACGACGACAGACUCUACAUGGACGUUGCGCGAGUAUACGAACAUACCAUCGUUCAGUUGGGUGAGAAGCUGGGCGACGUCUUCGGUGCAACUCCUCAGCCCGCAGCUGCUCCUCCCCCAACAACAUCAGAUGGUAGCCAGACCUGA